UCCCAUUUCCAAAAUCAAUUUGGAAAUUCUAGAUUUGGCUCAUAAAAUUUAUAAUUUCUUUCCUCCAAUUUAUUUCUGUGAUUUUGACUUUAAAUCUCACACGUUCAUAUACUACCACACCUCUUCCUCUUUCUCCUGCCUUUUUCCGCACAAAAAUUCCCACACAGAAAAUACCCAAAAAUAAAAUUAAAAAUACAAAAAAAAAUUCUGGGGGUUGCUUCCGUUGGAUCUUCCUGAAACUCGGAGAUCAGAUCACACCAGCAGAAAAGAGGAGAGAGAAACCCAGAAAGAAAGAAGAGAAAUUUCACUGUUAAUUGUUCUGCCCCCAUUACAUUACAUUACAUGACUCUUCACUAUUUCUUCCUUACCCAACUGUUUUCCUCUCUCCAUUUUUCACGCUUUUAGCAUUGUAAAACCCAAAUUCCCGAUUUCAAGGAAAAGGGUAGAGUGAAGCAGAGAUUACUACUCUUUGAUCUGCCCACAGUUUGAGGAAAAUCCGCGUUUUUUUGGAGGAUUCCUGAAUUGGUAGUAUCUGAUCUGGAUAAGUGUACCUGAACAUACUGUUUUCUGGCAGUAGCACUUGAUACAAAUGUGUUGCCAGGAGACAGAUGAAUAUUCCUAAAUUCUAAGAAAACCAUGGUUUUUAGCAAAAUCUCAGAAAUCAUAUCAUCUGCAACAAAUCGUCCAUCCAUGCGGCACUCUUCCUCCAUACCAUACAUCCAAGCUGGAUUAUCACCUCCAAAAGGUUCUGCCAAUGGAUUUAGCUUUAGCAGCACUGGGCAGAUGAACAACAUGAGGCUGUCUUCAUCAUUACAAGAUUUUUCUCAAUAUCGUCGAGUAGAUCCCGAAGGUGGCGAACAAAAUGGUGGGAUUGAUGUCAUCAAUGCGAAGCCUCCUCAUCCAUUUCGUAAAGAUGUUUCCAGCCCUAGUUUCUCGAAGGAUAAAGUGCCUCAAGUCAUUCCAUUUACACGUAAGAAAUGGACUAGAAUAUUGAUGAGCCUCCUUUGCCUUCUUUUCUUUGGUUUCCUUUUGUUUAUACUUGGUCAAUUUCUUUAUUCUUUGUGGUCUGGUGGACCUUCCAAGUUCUAUGUUGUGCUUGAUUGUGGGAGCACUGGGACUCGGGUAUACAUAUAUGAAGCGUCUGUUGCUCACAAGAAAAAUGGUAAUCUUCCCAUUGUUUUGACAUCAUAUUCUGGGGGACUUAGAAAGCCAAAGGGACAGAGUGGACGAGCUUAUAACCGUAUGGAGACUGAGCCGGGGCUUGAUAAAUUGGUACGUAACUCAAGUGGUUUGAAGACUGCAAUAAAGCCACUUCUACGGUGGGCAGAGAAGCAGAUCCCAAAGAAUUCGCAUAAGACUACUCCCCUUUUCCUUUAUGCUACUGCUGGUGUCCGUAGGCUGCCAACACCCGACUCUGAUUGGCUUCUUAAUCAUGCCUGGUCUAUACUGAAAAAUUCCCCUUUUGUGUCUCAAAGGGAAUGGAUUAAAAUUAUCAGUGGCAUGGAGGAAGCUUAUUAUGGCUGGAUAGCUCUGAAUUAUGAAACAGGUGUCCUAGGGGCCAUUCCAAAGAAGCCUACUUUUGGUGCCCUUGACUUAGGUGGUUCAUCACUGCAAGUAACAUUUGAAGGCAAGGAACCUGUUCAGAACAAAACUAACUUAAACCUGAGCAUUGGACCAGUGAAUCAUCAUCUCAGUGCCUAUUCUCUGUCAGGGUAUGGAUUGAAUGAUGCCUUUGACAAAUCUGUUGUUCAUCUUCUUAAAGGGAUGCCAAAAGUGAGUAUGGAAGAUUUAGUUCAUGGAAAUGUUGAAAUUAAGCAUCCUUGCUUACAAUCUGGAUAUAAAAGUGAAUACUUCUGCUCCCAAUGUGCUUCCCUAAACCCUGAGGCUGGGAGUCCUCGUUAUAGAGAGAAAGACCUUGGCAAAGGAGGCAAACCUGGAGUGCCUGUUUGGCUCAUUGGCUCUCCAAAUUGGGCAGAGUGCAGUGCAGUUGCAAAGGUCGCUGUCAAUUUGUCAGAAUGGUCUGAUUUUAGCCCCGGAAUUGAUUGUGAAGUGCAACCAUGUGCUCUGUCUGAAGACCUUCCACAUCCCCGUGGUCAGUUUUUUGCAAUGUCUGGUUUCUUUGUUGUCUACCGUUUUUUUAACUUGAGUUCAGAAGCAACCCUUGAUGAUGUAUUAGAGAAGGGGCACCAGUAUUGUGGUAAAACUUGGGACGUUGCAUAUAAAAGUGUUCCUCCGCAACCCUUCAUUGAACAGUACUGCUUUAGGGCACCCUACAUAGUUUCAUUGUUGAGGGAAGGCUUGCACAUAACUGAUGGCCAGAUCAUGAUUGCUUCUGGUGGUACCACAUGGACACAAGGAGUUGCCCUAGUUGAAGCUGGGAAGGCAUUUGCAACGAGAACAGAGAUUCACACACUUCAGCUGUUUGAAAUGAAGAUAGAUCCUGUCAUAAUUUUUGUUAUUCUGUUGAUAUCAUCAAUUUUGUUGGUUUGCGCAUUGUCGUGUGCUGGAAAUUGGCUGCCUAGAUUUUUCCGCAGAGCACAUCUUCCUAUCUUCCGGCAUAAUAGUGCACCAGCAACAGUGCUCAAUAUUACAUCACCUUUCCGGUUCCAGCGUUGGAGCCCUAUAAGUUCAGGGGAUGCAAGAGUGAAAAUGCCACUGAGUCCAACAGCUGUUGGUGAUCAAGAAAGAUCGCUUGGCAUUGGACAAUGGUUUGGUGGAAGCAACAUUCAGCUCAGUGAUUCUUCUCUAUAUUCAGCAGUCAGUGGAGUUUCACACAGUCCUUCAUCAGGUAGUUUAGGACAAAUGCAAUUUGACAACAAUGGCAUGGGUGCCAUGUGGAGUCCUCAUAGAAGUCAAAUGCGUCUCCAAAGUAGAAGGUCAGCAUCCCGAGAGGAUCUAAUGUCUUCUGUUGCCGAUGGGGUGGUGAAGGUUUAGAUCUCCAGAAAUCCUGAAAUAUAUCUGCCGAACUAUUCAUGACCGGAGCACUGGAUAAUAUUGUCAUUAAGUUCAUCCAAAGAGGAGAAUUCUCGAUACUAGAGACUUUAGAGAGGCACGUGCCCAAGCUACUUGGACUCUAAACUGAGUAUUUGGAGAGAGCAUCAAGUACCACUCCUUUGAAACUGGCAACAAAGCCCCUUACCUGUAAAUUAUUACACAUUUUACCAGAGGCAGCAGCAGCAGCAGCGCUUACGGAGGAAGCUGAAAAUGAUCUCUAGAUUUUGUUGCUCUAACACCAUCCAUUUCCCCUGAAUGUGCUGUAACGGUUAUUUUACUGUAAUCAUCUAGGUGACCCUGCUGGUCACCAAUUGAAUUUUGUCGAUGUUGAAAAUACUGAUUUCCCAGAUGAUUCUUUCUGGUGAUCUGAUGGGAGUAAAUAUAGAACAAAUAUACUUGCUAUUCAACAUGUCUCUGACUAUAGUGUUGUACACCGUCUGUUCUGCCCGGUUCAAGAAGCAAUAUUAGAGCUGGAAUUUUCACAUUUUUUAACCAGCCAUUGAAGGGAGAAACAGCAGGAAUCGACCUGUGUAGUUUUGCUGGAGUUUCGAGUUUUCAGCUGCGUAUUAUGUGCAAACAUAUUAAAAUUAGAAUAAACUCAUUUAAGAUCUC